AGCCGGCGGCGGAGCGGCACGGCGGGGCUGAGCGAGGGAGCGGAGCAUGGCAGCGGCGGAGGCGCGGUCCCUGCUGCUGGCGGCGGGGCGGCGGUGCCGGGUCCUGCCCGCCGCGGGGGCCGCUCCCUACUGCACUGUGGCCCCGCAGGAGAGGCGGCAGCCGCCGCCGCCCGACAUGAAGGGUUACCUGUGGUCGCGCUACAAGGAGGCCAAGAGAGUCACCAAGGAGUUGGUUCCUUCAAUUAUGAGUAACAUGCUGAAUCCAGAUGCUAUUUUUUCAAACAAUGAAUUGAGCCUGUCAGACAUUGAAAUUUAUGGGUUUGAUUAUGACUACACAUUGGUCUUUUAUUCUAAACAUCUGCACACGCUGAUCUUCAAUGCUGCUCGAGAUCUUCUUAUUAAUGAGCAUCGGUAUCCUGCAGAAAUAAGAAAAUAUGAUUAUGAUCCCAAUUUUGCAAUCCGAGGACUUCAUUAUGAUGUGCACCGGGCAUUAUUAAUGAAGAUUGAUGCUUUUCAUUACAUUCAGCUGGGAACAGUUUACAGAGGCCUCAGUGUUGUCCCAGAUGAAGAAGUCAUUGCAAUGUAUGAUGGUUCCCAUGUCCCUUUAGAACAAAUGAGUGACUUUUAUGGAAAGAGCUCACAUGGAAAUACAAUGAAGCAAUUCAUGGAUAUAUUUUCCUUGCCAGAAAUGACACUCCUUUCUUGUGUGAAUGAAUAUUUUCUGAAAAACAACAUAGACUAUGAGCCUGUUCAUCUGUACAAAGAUGUCAAGGAUUCAAUCAGGGAUGUCCACAUCAAAGGAAUAAUGUACAGAGCAAUUGAAGCAGAUAUUGAGAAAUACAUCUGCUAUGCCGAACAAACUCGUGCGGUGUUAGCAAAGCUGGCUGAUCAUGGCAAGAAGAUGUUUCUCAUCACAAACAGUCCCAGCAGCUUUGUGGACAAAGGCAUGAAGUUCAUAGUUGGCAAGGACUGGAGGGAUCUCUUUGAUGUGGUCAUUGUACAGGCUGAUAAGCCAAACUUUUUCAAUGAUAAGCGAAGACCAUUUCGGAAAGUGAAUGAAAGGGGAGUGUUGCUUUGGGACAAAAUUCACAAGCUGCAGAAAGGUCAGAUUUACAAACAGGGUAACUUGUAUGAAUUCCUGAAGCUUACUGGCUGGAGGGGCUCUAAGGUUCUCUACUUUGGUGAUCACAUUUACAGUGACUUGGCAGAUUUGACCCUGAAGCAUGGCUGGCGCACUGGUGCAAUUAUUCCAGAGUUACGAUCAGAGAUUAAAAUCAUGAACACAGAGAAGUACAUUCAAACCAUGACCUGGCUGCAAACCUUGACAGGAUUACUGGAACACAUGCAGGUUCACCGUGAUCCUGAUUCACAAAUGAUUUUAGAAGAAUGGAAGAAGGAAAGAAAGGAAAUGAGGGAGAUGAACAGGAAUUUCUUCAACGCACAGUUUGGAAGCUUAUUCAGAACUGAUGAGAAUCCAACUUAUUUCUUAAGACGUCUCUCUAGAUUUGCGGAUAUCUACAUGGCAUCAUUGAGUUGUCUCUUGAACUAUGAGCCUGAUUACACGUUUUAUCCAAGAAGGACUCCUUUGCAGCACGAACUUCCUGGCUGGUCAGACCAGCUGUGUACUGGUACAUUCAGAAUACCUUUCCUACAAGAGACAGUUCAGAUCAAAUAAACACUUGGCAGCUUCCUUUUAAAAUGGGCAAAUAUUAUCUUUUUUUUCUUUUUUGAACGUACAUGUAUUUUAUUUAAGUUGCUUAAAUCUGUUCUCUUGAUUUAGGUGUAAUUCAUACUUGUUCUCAUGAGUGUUGUACCUAUUUUCUCCUCUCCUGCUCGGAGAUAUAAAAACUCCUUUUACACACGGAAGAGAUGAUGGACUGCCAAAAUAGUAGUGGGCUGGGAGGGAGGGCCCAUUUAAGGGGAAGGACCGGUGGUGUUCUGGGGUGGUUGAUUUUGUUCAUUGGAAAUUUCGAUCUGCAGCCUUGUGGUUUACAAAGACAGACAUGUACUCUCUGUUCUGGCCCUCUUCAGUGCUCCAGCUGGAGCCUGUAGUGGAUCUUGGCACUGAAAAGCUUAAAUCCAGUAUUAGUAAUUCAGUGAUACACAGUUAGUAGCCAGUUUACGGUGAGACUGAGAAGGAUGGUGUAUGCAUCUUAACUUUCCUUGCUGCCAUAGCUAGAGCCUUAUCUGUACCUGAACUAACUGCUGUAAUGUUGGCGUGGCUCUGCUGCAUUGCAGUGAUUACAGAGCUGGCAGGCUUAGGCCGAUGGGCUUUUUCUCCUGUCCAUGCAGUUUCUGUUCUUGUAAUGUCUGUGCUUGGCUGUCAGUGGACCUGAGCCUAAAACUGAAAGUGACAGUACCUUGGGCUGCUUCAGCUUCCUUUUGUUAAUUUCUAGGCACCUUUCUUUUUAAGUUUCAAAACACUUUAAAUAUCCACUCUCUAAUAAUAAAGCCAUUUCAGGAGGUCUUGCAUUUUGCAUUUCAAAGUGGAGGCAGAUCUCUGUCAGGCUUUAGACUGAUCCUAAAUGCUGCUUGUUAAAAUUUUAAGUGUCUUACAGUGGUAUGUAAUGUGGUUUUGCUGUUCCCUAGAAGAGAAGGUAUUUCAUAUAGCCUUCAGUAAUGGACUUUUACAGUCAAAAGUAAACACGCACAAUAGGCAAAUGAGUUAAAAGAAAAAUGAAGGAAUGAGAAAAUGAAAACCAGAGUUUUCGGAUGACAUUUUUUUAGCUCAAGCCCCAAAAGCUGAAUUGGGGGUGGUAGACAGUUUGCAUCAAGCAAAAUAAUUUUGGCGGCGCAGAUUAGAAGUUUUAUUGAAUUACUGAAAUUGCAGAUAAUGCAUGAACACAAACUCUGGGUAGUAUAUAUAUUCCAAAGAUGUGAGCUGAAAAAUGUCUAUUUUGCACAAGGAAAACAUCUGUUGAUGUGUUUCCUCAAACAGGCACUUUAUAGAACUGCUAUAUAGUUGUUUUUAAAUAAGGAUGCUUUCCUUUCUCUGCAUCCAAAGGAGACUUUUUUUUGUUUUUUUUUUAACUGGUGCUUCCCACCCCAGCCAUUUUAGAAGGCAUUAUAUGAUUAAUAUUUUUCAAAUUUUAGUUAUUAAAGGCUCUAUUUUUAAAAGCAUAUAACUAACAAAAUAUAUAGCAUUUGGUAUUCUUCAUUUUGGGGAUAUCACUUGCUUCCUACCAUGAUUGUCAGGUAAACAAACUUUUGGUGACCAAAAGUUUUCUUGUUUGGUUUUGUUUUUUUUUAACCUGUAUUAUGUGCAAGUACCUAUAUUGAAUUUCACAUGCAGUAUCUUUCCUGUUCUUAAAAGUAUGUUUGCAAAGUAAAGAAUGUAUUCUGAUCUAGCCUGUACAAUUUCAUAAGUAGUUUUCCUGUAUGCUUGAAAUCAGUCUGAAGUCCUCAGAGGUGGUUAUAGAUUUUAUGUUCAUGGUUUUCUUGUGCUCCUGUUUCAAGCUUGACGUGGAACACUCCUGAAGUGUGUGUGUGUUAUUUAAACAGAUGAAUAUACUUGAAAUGAGUAAGUUCAUCUGACAGUCCUGUUUUGCUGGAAGAAAAAGAUAAAGUUUUGCAGGAAGUUAAGUUUGGCUUUAUCAGGAGACUUGUUGGUGGGGCUGUGUAAGAAAUAUUUAGCAUAACUUGAUAAUGAAAUGUGGGGAUGGAAAUACCCAGAUUUGCCUUCAGUUCUUUAUCCUAAUGCUCAGCUAGAACCGAACUUGGUGUUACAUGUGUGUAGCACCUCUCAUGCUCCAGAGAUUUCAAUGCACUGUUUAAAAAAAAAAACAACGAACCCAAAAAACCAAACCCCAAACCACUGUACAUUCUCUGUCUUACUACCAGCAAAUAAUAAUAUUGUUACUCAGUUGUGCAUUAUUGAAUUUGAUAAUGUUUUGUUGGUUAUAGCUCUGUGAUAUUUAUUCUUUUAAAGCUGGCUAGGAGUCAGUUUGCCUAAUUUACCUGUGUUAAGCAGGAACAGUAAUGUUAUCCACAUAAUACACAUUUUGUUUCAAGAUUAUUUUCUCCUCUCCACCUUCUUUUCUCUUAACUUACAAAUCAAACUUCUGUACAAAGCUAUGUUACAACAGCCAGCUGAAGGAAAAUCUUGUUUAUAUUGCAUGACUUCUUGAAAUAAACAACCUUGCAUGAAAAAAAAAAUUAUGGGAGGGUUAUGUUCCUUUAAGACAACCCAACUACGUAUAAUAUGAAUUUAAGUGAGAAUUUUAAAGUGUAUUAUUUAUUUUUCCAUGCUAGAAUGCUGCUCUUUAACUUUUAAAAAUGUCUUGCAUUUUUGUAAUGAUUUCACGUUGGCACUCUCUGCAUUACUUAUUUUAACCUUGUUAUAUUACUGACUUCAAAGAGAUUUUUGAGCAUAUUUAAAGGGCAUAUUCAUUUUCGGAGUAUAGUUCAUUUGAACACCAAAGCAAGAAGAAAUUUUCAUUCUGUUCUAUCAAAAACAUGGAGGAUAAUAGUCUGUCAAUAAAAGAAGAGUUUAAUGAACUGUAGAACUUUUCUUGUGAUAAAAAUAUUUAGUGAUUAUUACAAAAAUAAAUGCUUGGACUUUA